UGUGAUGUGCUUAAAGUCAUGCAGCUAUUAAAUGGCUGGAUUCAGACCAGACCAUAAAAGCUGGUUCUUUUCCUCGCAGCAUGCAAUAAAGUUGAAUCGUCACCACCACGUCCAUUUGCUCAGGCCCUGGCUUACUGCUCUGUGAUCUAUCCCAUACCGCAUCACAGAGUUGGUCAGGUCUUGCCUCCCCAAGGAAAUGCAUUUCAUUAAUGUACUUCUAGAUAAUGAAUUGUCUUUGACUCUGAGGAGAUGAUCACUAUGGCACAAAGCAAGUCUCCUUUUUAUCCACGUCUGAAAAUAUGGUUGGUCACAGGGCAUAUGGGUGUUUUCUGAGAUCACCGGCGACUUGCUACGUGUGGUUCCUUCUGUUUGCAGGCCCGACACGUACAUACCAGGAAGGAAAAUGCUUUGUGGACCCUUGUGCCGAUUCCUGUGGCUUUGGCCCUAUCUAUCCUAUGUUGAAGCUGUGCCAAUCCGAAAAGUCCAGGAUGACACCAAAACCCUCAUCAAGACGAUUGUCACCAGGAUCAAUGACAUUUCACACACGUCUGUCUCCUCCAAACAGAGAGUCGCUGGUCUUGACUUCAUUCCUGGGCUCCACCCUGUCCUGAGUUUGUCCAAGAUGGACCAGACAUUGGCCAUCUACCAACAGAUCCUCACCGGUCUGCCUUCUAGAAACGUGGUCCAAAUAUCUAAUGACCUAGAGAACCUCCGGGACCUUCUCCACCUGCUGGCUUCCUCCAAGAACUGUCCCUUGCCCCGGGUCAGGGGCCUGGAGACCCUCGAGAGCCUGGGCGGUGCCCUGGAAGCCUCACUCUACUCCACGGAGGUGGUGGCCCUGAGCAGGCUGCAGGCUUCUCUACAGGACAUGCUUUGGCGGCUGGACCUCAGCCCUGGGUGCUGAGGCCUGGAAGACCUCUCGUCCCAAAGUCGAGGAGAGAACCCAUGGCUCCCAGGUGUCUUCAGCAGAGAGCCUGUG